GUCAGUUCAGUGACUAGCUGCAUUGAGAGCAAGCGAAAAACACGAGAGCGCGGAACGCUGGUGGUCGUCGUCGUCGUCGGGCGCAUGAAUCACGCACCAGCACGCCAGUGCGAGGAUUAAUCAACAGUCCAACACCGCGGCGGACAAAGGCCGCGAGGCGCGAAACGAUGUGCUGAAUUCGUCGGUGUCGGUGGCAACGUGACGAUGCAGUCUGUUUUCGUGCGUGCUACGCUGCAAAUCUAGUCGAAAACGAAACCGAAACCGAGCAAGAACGUCCUCGAGUCGUGCGUGUGCAGUGUUGUUGUGUGUUUAGUUUUGUAGUUGGCAUUCAGUGCAGGAAUACAAAAACGUCUUCGAAGAAGGAAAAAUUUCUCUCUCCGCCAAACUGUUGCAUAAAAUGAAAGCGGUUGGCGCUGGCGAGGCCCCUUCUGCGAUGCUAUGCGCGCCGAGGUUGUAAACCGAGCGAAUAUUUCUGCGAUAACAUGGAUUCCAUACGGAAGUGGUUCUUCAGACCCAAGAGAGAUGACACAUCUCUCCUGGCGCAGUUUUUCUUCGCUGAUGAAGCGCUCAACAUGAUCGCCUCCGAGCUGGAUAGUUUCGACGGCCGGAAGGACCCAGAACGUUGCACUGCGCUGGUGAAUCAGCUGCGGCAGUCGCAGGAUAAGGUGCUUACCAUCACCAAUUCCAUUAUGGAUGAUCUCAUCGGCGACGAGCGCGCAAAUCGCAACUUUCGCGUCAAGUUUCCCGAAGAUGUGCUGCAGGAAAACCUGGCAGGUCAAUUGUGGUUCGGUGCAGAGUGUCUGGCAGCUGGUUCUUCUAUAAUGAAUCGCGAAGCAGAGAGUAUGGCAAUGCGGCCAUUAGCAAAGGCGCUCACGAAAAGCCUCGAGCAUGUCCGAAGCCUUCUCCGAGAUGUCUGUUUAACAAACAAUACGCCAAAUGGACCAAUCAAGCUCAACCAGGACGAAAACGUAACUGAUAUGCUCCUGGAAAGUUUAAAGAUAUUCGAUCGUCAUUUCGCUGAGUUUGAAUUAUGUUAUGUAAGCGCGAUGGUUCCAGUAAAAACCGCGCAGGAGUUUGAACUCCAGGAGCUGAUUUGCGUGUUGUUCUCCGAGACGUUGCAACGCGCACUGCGCAUGAGUUUACUCACGCAGGAUAUGGUCGACGAUUGUGAUCCGGCGUUGAUGUUUACCAUUCCCCGCCUGGCGAUUGUCAGCGGCUUGCUGAUUUUCCCCAAUGGCCCGCUGUGCAUUGAUAAACCCGUUGAUGAAAUGUCUGAGAUGUUCCGACCUUUCAGGACGCUUCUCCUGCGGAUACGAGAAUUACUCUGGACGUUGGAUAGUAAUGAAUUGUACACUCUAGAGAAGUUAUUAUGUGACAAUGAGCAUGAUGCGCAUUUAGUUGUCUUGGAGACACCUAGUGAUGAAUUCGUGCAUAAGUUCUACGCGGAUGUGGUCGGCACGAAGGAGUUACUCGCGACUUCGCUGGCGAAUUCACCUGCGCAUGUGGUGGCUGCCGUACUGCCGUUUGAAACGCGCCAUCCGGGUGUGAAAUCCGAAACGGUGAACAUCCCGUCAACGUCUUCGGGUUAUCUCAUAACGAAUACUGUGGAUCAUGAUGCAAUCAUGGCGUGUAUUCCGCAUAAGCGCGAGACGAUUGUGCGCGCUGAGAGUUUGCCAGAUAGCGAUUCACUGCAGGUGAUCAAUCAUGCCGCGGCGACGUUGACGUCUAUUUUGAAUACCAAAGACGCGAGCGGGUGCAAGUUGGAAUCGCCGGACGAUUCGGGCGUUUGCACCGAGAAUACAAGUUUGGAUCGGUCGCCAAGUUUGGAUGGAUGUUGCGCGUUUGGUGGCAAACAAGAGCGGAGGAAGUGUUCGCCAUCAGGGAGUUCACGGCAAGUCCGGAAGGGAUCAAAGAGGAAAGAGGAGGAGACUGUUUCAAGGGACAAGGAAGAUGAAGAUGCUUAUAGUGUUUCAAGCACUGAUACAACUUCAUCUUUUAGUAGUACUUGUGUGGAUGAUGAGGAACUUGCAUUGGCGAUGCAGGCGGCGGAGAUUAUCAAUCGGUGUGAAUUAAGGGCUAAGUUUAGUUCUAUUGAAGAUUUAAUCCAUCGACUCUACGUUUGUAUUUCUGGUGUCUCUGACCAGUUACAAACGAAUUUCGCCAGUGACAUGCGCAAUAUCCUCCAAUCCCUCUUCCUGAUGAACGCCUCCAGCGAAGCCCCACCUCCACCACCUAAAGAAGACCCGCCCACAAUCGAAUACCAACCAGCUGAGAACGAUGUCAUCGAGAGUAACGUCGAAUUCUCCGUGGAUCCAAAUCUGCUCGCACAAGAAGCGCUUUUCGACUCCAAUGUUUACUUCCAAGGCGUCGUAGAUGAAACGCCUGUGAAUACUGAAGAAGAGGAGCGGAAUGUAACGAAUGUGACGAACGAUCUCACUCGACUUGCCGUUGAAGACCAACCCACAGCCGCCAGGGAAGAAGUAACGCGAAGGGCGGAACCGGAACGACCUCCCAUUUGGAUUCCCGAUGAAGUAGCGCCGAAAUGUAUGAGUUGCGGAUCGAACUUUACGGUGGUGAAGCGCCGCCAUCAUUGCCGCAACUGCGGCAAGGUGUUUUGCGCGCGUUGUUCGUCAAACAGCGUGCCGCUGCCGAAGUUUGGCUUCAGUAAACCGGUACGCGUGUGCAAUAAGUGCUUCAUCUAUCAUUUAGCGCCAUUUACGAUGUGAGCGAUUGAAAGAAAACUGUGACGUGAAUAUCCAAUGACGUAUUGUACUUAUGGCAUUUAAAAAACACAUUUUAUUAGGAUUAACGUACGAUAGGCGAUCUUUUCUUAUGAUUUUGUACAAUUUUUGCACAUGUCGACAACGAGUUUAGCAUUUGUACUUAACGCAUGAAAAUUACCAAUCAUGGUGCCAAACAAACGACAUUCGCUUGAUUAUCCUGAACGUAACAUACAAAUGGCAAUCACAUUUUUCGAAAUUGACUAGUUCAUUAGAUGUAUAUUUUAAAUAAUUGACGUAAAACACAUUUGCCUUUGAACAUUGUAGAAUUAUACGAAGUAUUCUCUAAUUCUUGACGUUGUAAUGAUAGAAACGUGUAAAUUUUCAUUCUAAAUUGUAUAAACUUAUUGUAUAAAAGAUAAUUGCUGAUUGCAACUUGUACACAAAUGCUUAUGAAACUCUUUGACAUAUGAGAUGAAUUAUUUUUCAAACUUUUGACGCUGAAGCGCAUACACUUUACAACACAUCUAAAGAUAUAGCUUUAAAUGUAAUGUAAUCUUGUUCUUAUGCAUUCAACGAUGAGCGGCAUGUACAGUUUAUCACUUCUAAGUGUAAAAGACACCAAUUUUGUAAUUAUUGAAUCAGUAGAAUGUACUCGUUGUCCUCUGCUAGGGUUUUUCUAGCUUUAAUCGCGCCGUGAACUUGCAAACUCUUGCGACUACCACAUCAGCCUAUGCAGCAUCUGACGCGCAGCUCAAACGAUGCAAGACAUAAAAAAAUAUGAAGCAAAUAAGUGAGAAUAUAUAUCUAAGAAUUAUUUUGAUAACGAUGUGGACGACGUGCACACUUUCCAAGAGGUUUUUGUAUUUGACUUGUAGCUUUAAAUGUGGAAGCGAGGUGCAUCACAGUGUUUCAGUUGUCACAAUUGCACUAGUCCAAUCGCAAUGAUGAUUUUUUUUUGUCCAAUCUCUUAAUUUGUAGAUACUUUACAUUUUUCUUAUUCGAUGAUUUAAGUUAGUUGAUAGGUUUUUCUACUGGCGAUCACGUUUUCGUUGUUUUGUGUAUAGCAGCUUGGACGCUUUGUGUUGAUUUGUUAACUUUUUUCAUUAUGUUUAAGCGAUUGCUAUACUGAAAUAUAUUCUGUUUUCAUGUACUGAAUAUUUUGUGAUACACGAUGUAUAAUCUAAUGAAAAAAUAACAAUGAUAUGAGAUUAUAAUAUGAAGAUGUAAUUACGAUAACUAUAUACAUAUAUAUUAUAUAUAUUAUAAAAGAUGAUAGUGAAAUGGAAAAUGUAAAUAUUUUUAAGGGUUUUGGGGAUUUUCAACAUCUCUAAUAAACAUUUUUUCAACUAUA